GGCAGGCUUCAGGGGAGAACAGCGGGGCCGGGCUGCCCGGGGCGCGGGUGAGCCUGAGGGGGCAGUGCCGGGAGCGAUGAGGGGGCGCUGGGGGGGACUGGGAGGGCGGUGAGGGAGGAACUGGAGGGGCACGGAGAGGGGUAACGCGGGCACCACUGAGAGAGAGCUGGAGAGACACGGGGGGACACUGGAGGAGACACUGGGAGGACACUGAGAGAACACCGAGGGAGGCCGGGGCUCCCCCGCAGCGCCUCGGGGACCCCAGGCCGUCCCUCAGCCCCGUGUCCCCCCAGGCCCGAGCCCUCGGCUGACAGCACAUCCCAGCCCCCACGAGGGGCCGCCCCACCACCACCAUGGGCAAGAAAAGCAAACUGGGCAAGAGCCGGCGGGACAAGUUCUACCACCUGGCCAAGGAGACGGGCUUCCGCUCCCGCUCCUCCUUCAAGCUGCUGCAGCUCAAUCGCAAGUUCCAGUUCCUGCAGAAGGCCCGGGCCCUGCUGGACCUGUGUGCGGCCCCUGGCGGGUGGCUUCAGGUGGCUUCCAAGUUCAUGCCGGUGUCCAGCCUGAUCAUCGGGGUGGAUUUGGUGCCCAUCAAGCCCAUUCCCAACGUGGUGACCCUGCAGGAGGACAUCACCACCGAGAAGUGCCGCCAGGCCCUGCGCAAGGAGCUGCAGACCUGGAAGGUGGACGUGGUGCUGAACGAUGGAGCACCCAACGUGGGAGCCAGCUGGGUGCACGACGCCUACUCCCAGGCCAACCUGACCCUCAUGGCCCUGAAGUUGGCCUGUGAGUUCCUGUGCAAGGGUGGCUGGUUCAUCACCAAGGUGUUCCGUUCCCGGGAUUACCAGCCCCUGCUGUGGAUCUUCCAGCAGUUCUUCCAGAAGGUCCAGGCCACCAAGCCCCAGGCCUCUCGCAACGAGUCUGCUGAGAUCUUUGUGGUGUGCCAGGGUUAUCAGGCUCCAGACAAAAUUGACAGCAAGUUUUUUGACCCCAAAUAUGCCUUCAAGGAUGUGGAGGUUACCGCCAAGUCUGUCAGUGAGCUGGUCAGCAAAAAGAAGCCUAAGGCCGAAGGCUACGCCGAGGGUGACACCACCUUGUACCACCGCUUCACCCUCAUGGACUUCCUCAAGGCUCCCAACCCCGUGGACUUCCUCUCCAAGGCCAAUGAGAUCACACUGGGGAAUGGGGAGCUGGAGAAUCACAGCUCCACCACAGAGGAGCUGCGCCAGUGCUGCAAGGACAUCCGAGUGCUGGGCCGCAAGGAGCUCAGGGCCCUGCUGAACUGGAGGACGAAGCUGCGGCGGUUCCUGGCCAAGAAGCUGAAGGAGCAGGCAAAGGAGUUGGAUAUCAACCUGAGCUCCGGUGAGGAGGAGGAGGGCAGGGAGGAGGAGAAGAAGGAGAAGAUGGAGGCGAAAGCUGCGGCUGCUGAGGAGGCAAAGGAGCAAGAGGAGGUGGAGCUGGCCUUGGCAGAAAUGAAGGCCAAGGAGCUGGCAGAGCUGAAAAGGAAGAAGAAGAAGAUCCUGAAGGAGCAGAGGAAGCAGCGGGAGCGUGUGGAGCUGAAGAUGGACCUGCCUGGAGUGUCCAUCGCCGACGAUGGUGACACCAGCAUGUUCUCCCUGAAGAGCAUCCACAGGACCCCGCUGCUGGAUGAGCUGUCCCGCGGGGACAUGGCCUCUGCUGACGCCCUGCUGGAGAGCAGCCCUGGGGACGAUGACAUUUACGUGUCGGAUCACGACGAAGAGGACGAUGUGUCCCUGGCCAGCGACCUGGACCCGGAGGAGCUGCUGGAGAUCGAGGCCCGGCAGCGGAAGCUGCAGCGGGAGCAGCCAGGGAAGAGGGCAAAGUUUAAGCAGAAGAAGGAGGAGGAGGAGGAGCAGGAAGUGGAGAAUCCCCUGCUGGUCCCCCUGGAGGAGAAAUCUGUGCUGGAAGAGCGACAGACCAGCCUGUGGUUCGGGAAGGACGCCUUCGCUGGCAUCGAGGAUGAUGCGGACGAGGAGCUGGAGCUGGGCCAGGCCCAGAUGUUGGCUGAGAGGCAGCGUGAGGCUCAGAGAGACAAAACAACAAAGAAAGAGCAGAAGAAGAAGAAGAAGAAGGUGGCCCAGGAGGAGGCUCCAGCUGAGCCCAGCCCUGCAGCAGCCACAGAUCCUGAUGCCAGUGAAGCUCAGGAGGAGCAGAGCAGUGACGAUGACAGCAGCAGUGAGGAUGAGAGGCCACUGGCACCGGUGGGGAGGAAGCGGGGCCGUGUCGAGCCCUGUGGCUUCGAGGUGGUGCCUAUUGAGAAACCAGUGAAAAGAGUCCUGGAUGCUGAGGGUCUGGCCCUUGGCUCUGUCAUUGCCACCUCCAAAAAGGCCCGGCGGGACCUCAUCGACGACUCCUUCAACAGGUACUCGUACAACGAGGAGGAGGGGGAGCUGCCCGAGUGGUUCACGGAGGAGGAGCGGCAGCACCGGCGCCGGCAGCUGCCCGUGGACAAGCAGACAGUGGAGGCCUAUCGGCAGCGCUGGAAGGAGAUCAACGCCCGCCCCAUCAAGAAGGUGGCAGAGGCCAAGGCCCGCAAGAAGAAAAGGAUGCUGAAGAAGCUGGAGCAGAUGAAGAAGAAGGCCGAGGCUGUGGUGAGCACCGUGGACAUCUCAGAGCGGGAGAAGGUGGCCCAGCUGCGCCGCAUCUACAAGAAGGCCGGGCUGGCCAAGGAGAAGCGGCAGGUCACCUACCUGGUGGCCAAGAAGGGCGUGGGACGCCGGGUGCGGCGUCCCCCCGGUGUCAAGGGCCAGUUCAAGGUGGUCGACAGCCGCCUCAAGAAGGAUGUGAGGGCUCAGAAGCGCAAAGAGCAGAAGAAGAAGCGCCACAAGUGAGGUGGGAGUGGCUCCAUCCCCAGCAAGAGACUCUGCUCGGGGCACAGAGCUGGCUCCUGUGCCCCACUGCCACCUCAGGAGCCCUGGGGACAGGGCUGGGGUUUGGCCACACCUUGUUUAUUCCGUGCCUGGCUGUGACAGUGCCUCAUGCCCUCCCCUGGGCACAGAGGGGUCAUUUGGCUCCAGUGCUGUGGCCCUGGUCCCUGACCACAGCUCCAGGUGUCACCAGGCUGGCUCUGCUCAGUGACUCACCCUGGGGACAUCACAGGAGCAUCCAUGUCAGCCCCAGCUGUCCCCAGGGAGGGUGUGGCUCUGGGGGACACCUCUGGGCCAGAUUUGUCACUGAGGUGGCAGAACAGAGUGGUACCUCUGCCUGGAGCAGCUGCUCAGGACAGCAGAGAUUAAUUAACCUGUGAGGGUGCCCAGGGCUGUGUCAUGUGCCUGGGUGAGGUGAAGGACCCAUGCUGUACAUGCCCUUGUGCCAUGUCACAGGCAGAGAGGGCACUGCUGGCUGUGUUCUGUACAGCUGCUCAUGCCUCAAGACCUCACCCAACUUUGUCUGACAGGGAUUGACUCUCCUGACCUUCACCUGCUGCCCCAAGCCACAGCAGCCAACCUCUCCCCUCUGUCCCCACCCCCUUCUCCCUCAAGGAGAAGAAAGACCAAGAGUAAAGAA